GAUGAAAGUGUAUGUUUGUCGCUUUUAGUAGAUGUCGGUUUCAAAUUUGAAUGUUUCAGAGUAUUGGUGGUUGUGAAUUGUAAAUUUAAUUUGGGUAAGUUGAAUUUGUGUAAGAUUCAUUCAUCCUUUUAACCCACACGAAGCUAUGUCCAAAGAAACAGAGGAAGCUCCAUUGCUAGUAGACGAGUCGGUCAUUAGUAAAGAUGAACUGCAAGAACUGAAUGAACCAGAACCGGUUAACGAAAAGGAGCCUGGUGUCAUUGGAAACGAAGAUAUUGCUUCAGGUAUCGGGAAUCAGAAUUCACCAUUCAAUUCCGUCGAAGAAGAUUCUGGUUCUAAAGCUGUUCCUGUGACAAUUUUGACUGGAUUUCUGGGUGCAGGAAAAACAUCCCUAUUGAAAUGCAUUCUUGAAAAUGCACAGGGAAAGCGAGUCGCCGUCCUAAUGAACGAAGUCGGAGACUCUGGUGACUUGGAAAGAAAUCUAAUGGAAGAAGCUGGUGGAGAAGAGCUUUAUGAAGAAUGGGUGAGUCUUUCAAAUGGAUGCAUGUGUUGCACUGUGAAAGACAGUGGUAUCAAAGCGAUUGAACAAUUAAUGAAGCAAAAAGGGAAGUUUGACAGUAUAGUGAUUGAAACCACUGGGGUUGCCAAUCCAGGACCUUUAGCUCAGACAUUUUGGCUUGACGAUGCUUUGGGUAGCGAGGUACAAUUAGACGGUGUUGUAACAGUGAUUGAUUGCCAGAACCUUGACAGCAUUCUCAAUGAUAGUACUGAAAUCGGCAGCAUUCAGAUAAGCCAUGCUGACUGUCUUGUACUGAACAAAACCGAUAAAGUAAAUACGUCCGAACUUGAACGAAUUUACCACGUCGUUCGCUCGAUCAAUCCCCUCGCUAAGAUUUGUGAAACAAGUUAUGGUCGAGUUCACGACAUUCAAGAAAUUCUGGACCUGAACGCAUAUCGAGAAAGCGAGGAUUUUCAGAAGUUUAUGAUUCCCUCGACUCCCCAUACUCACAAUAGUCACGAUGUUGGACACGGCAAGGCGUGCACGAGUGAGACGCCUGUAACUAGUAUAACAAGUCGGACAUUUGAAUUACCUAGGAGGAUGUCUGCUGACGAAUACGAACGAUGGCUUCAAUGGAUACGUGGGAUUUUAUGGCUUUGUUUAGAAACUGGUGAGGGGGAAGAAUAUAUGAUAUAUCGCAGCAAAGCCUUACUUCAAAAAGACGAUGGUUCCUGGCAUGUCAUGCAGGGAGUCCGUGAAGUUUUUGAAGUGUUACCUCUUCCAAGAUCUGCUAAAAUAAAUUCCGACAAACAGCUCCAUCCUGUUACCGUUUUGAUUGGAAAGAACGUUGACCGUAUUCCCCCAUUUUUGACAUAGGAAGUAUAUCUUAAACAUCAUUACAGACCUCUAUGUACAUCAAUACUUCUAUAAAUAUCUACCGGUAAAUUUUAUAAAGUAUUUUAACUUGUUAUAAUCCUAUAGACAUGUUAUGCUGACUUUGUCAUCUGACCUUUCAUACAGUGCAUCACUAUACGUAAAACGCGUUUUCUUUCAACCUGAUUUCAGUUUAAUAAAUUUACACCCUAUGUUUUUACCCUAAAUCCAUAAAAAAGCUACUACUCGUAAUGUUGUUUUACAAAACAAAAUAGAGCAUGCUUGGUGUGACUCAGAUGUAAUAAAACACUACCCAAG